AUGGGCACCAGAGAGGAGCAGCUGAAGGCACAUGAGAGGGAGGCCACAGCUGGCACCCUGAUGGCAGGCACUCCCCGGAAGAGCAAGAGUCACAACUUGAACUGCCAUGCAGAGGGCACCAGCUGUCAUGACCUGCACAGGUACUACCUGUCCCAGUCUCCGGGAUACAACCUCAUCAUCAGCGAGAGGCCCCCAGCUAACUCGAAGACGAUGGCCCACACUGGCCACAGCGACCCUGUCCUCUCAAAAGCCUACCAGCGCAGAAUCCCCACCAUGCACUCGGAACGCAGCCCCAGGCUACUUACCAGGGAGGGGAGCCCACGCGGCCGCAGCGCCCUCCCUCCGGCCGGGGGGCGAGCCCUGCUCUCCGCAGAGCUCCCAGACCGGCUGGACUGCAGGCAGAUGGGGGCGGGGGCGCAUAGCCCCGGACCGAGCAGGAGGACCCGGGGCGCCCGGAGGGCGCACGCCAGGCCCGGCCCACGUGAGCGACCAGACCAGAGCCAGGGCCGCCCCGGGGACAGUGACUGGGACAGCGGGCGCCCUCGGGCGCCCGCGGCCACCACGCCGGCCGGCACUCACCGGGCCGGGCGCGCCGCGCCGAUGCCCCAGCGGCGGCCGCUUCCUCCUCCUCCUCACUUGACAAAAUGGCGGCGGCAGGAAGUGCCGGGCGCCUCGGCCCGCCCCCCACCCGCCCCCGGCCUGCCCGCCUGCGCCCCCCGCCCGCAGCCCCGCGCGCCGGCCAGAGCCGCGGCCGCGCCAGAACGGCGGGCGCCCCGCGAGCGCGCGGCCGCCAACGUGCCGCGCACCGGCCCGUUACGCAAUGCGGGUUACGCGCCGCGCCGGCCCCGCGCCCCGCGCGCUUCCGGCGCCGCCGCCGCCCGCCGCCGCCGCGAAGGGCACCGGAGCUCACCUGAGACGCUAGGCCGCACGCCGUCUUCGCCGGCCGGCCAGCCGGCCGGCGCUCCGCCUCAGGACCCCGCGCGGCGCCGGGGCCGGCCCGCCGCGCUUGCCGCUCCGCCGCGCUCACAGGCCCCGCUCGCCCGCGGGCACCGCCGGCAACUGCCGCCGCCACCUCUUCGGCUCCUCGGCUUCGGGAGAGCAGAACAAACAGCCCUGCCGCUGCCGCCGCCGCCGCCGCCGCCGCCGCCGCCGCCGCCGCCGCCGCCGCCGCCAGCGCGCUGA